AUGUCAGGAAGUGCGCGGAUAAACCGUAUCGCCAAAGAAGUAAAAAAUUUUGAAACGAAGCCACCAUGGGGUAUUGUUUGCCAUCCUUGUGAGGAAGAUACUUAUGAUGUGUUAAAUUUUUCUUUGCAAGGUCCAAAAGGAUCUCCGUAUGAGAAUGGAUCUUUCAAACUCACAGUAACUAUUCCUGAGAAGUACCCCUUCGAGCCACCUCUUGUGAAAUUCAUUACGCCUGUGUAUCAUCCUAAUAUUGAUAAAGGUGGAAGGAUAUGCAUGGACAUGCUUAAAAUGCCUCCAAAGGGAUGCUGGCUGCCAACCAUCACAUUAGAAACAUUGUUAGUAUCGUUACAGACUCUACUCGCCAACCCGAACCCUGAUGAUCCUCUCAUGAUGGACAUCGCAUAUGAAAACAAGUAUAACAUUGAUCAAUUUCGUGAAAAUGCUAGAAAACAUACAGAGAAGUAUGCUAAAUUGUAA